AUGCCCCGCUCCGCUCCCACCGCCCCGGGGAGCUCCUGUGUGGGGCCGGCCCGAAUCCGCUCCGAGGCGGCCGACCCCCCUCCCCACGGGCCCCGCGCAGCCGCCGUGCCGGUCAGUGGGUGUCCCGGGCCCGCUGCUCAGGGAGACCGACCGCAACGCCCGCGGCCGGGAGAACGACCGAGUCCCGGGCGCCACAACCCCGCCCGCCCAACCUGCUCGGCGCUCAGUCUCGGUGACGGCGGCGGUCGCAGUCCCGGUCUCAGUCCCGGUCGCAGUCCCGGGGCGGGGCGAGAGCCCAGCCCGACAGCACCCGGCCCUCAGCCGCGCAGCCCCUUUAAAUCCAACAUGGCCGCCGGCCCCGCCCCGCCGGCCUCCCCCGGUGCCGCCCCGCUCCGCCGCGGCGCAUGCGCAGUGGCGGCAGUGAUGGCGGCCGGGCUGUGCCGUGCCUUCGGGGCGCUGCUGCUGUCGGCCGCCCGGCCCCGCGCCCCCCCGCCGGGGCCGGUGCCCCAGCUGCCGGCGGCAGCGCUGGCGGCCGCUUGCCGAGCGCUGAGCGGCUCCGCUCCGUGCUGCACCAGGGACCCCAUGUGGAAGUGCCGGGUCAAGUACACUGUGCGCCCCUUGGCCGUGAAGAGGACCGGCGGGCGCGACCACACAGGCCGGAUCCGUGUGCGGGGCAUCGGCGGGGGACACAAGCGGCGGUACCGAAUGAUCGACUUCCAGCGGCUGCGCUACGAGGAGGGCGCCCCGGCACAGCCCUUCACCGAGAAGGUCAUCAACGUCCGACCCGACCCUUGCAGGUCGGCAGACAUAGCCCUGGUAGCCGGCGGCAAUCGGAAGCGCUGGAUCAUUGCCACGGAGAACAUGCAGAAAGGGGACAUCAUCAAGAACUCCUCUCACAUCGGCAGGAUGGCAGUGUCAGCCAACGAAGGGGACGCCUACCCGCUGGGGGCUCUGCCUGUCGGCACGCUGAUCUGCAACCUGGAGAGCCACCCUGGGAAGGGAGCACAGUACAUCCGGGCAGCCGGGACUUGUGGGGUGCUGCUGAGGAAAGUGAAUGGGACUGCCAUCGUGCAGCUGCCUUCGAAGAGGCACAUGCAGGUGCUGGAGACCUGCGUGGCCACAGUGGGACGUGUGUCCAAUGUCGACCACAACAAGCGAGUGAUCGGGAAGGCAGGACGGAACCGCUGGCUGGGCAAGCGCCCGCACACAGGCUUGUGGCAUCGCAAAAGUGGCUGGGCCGGGCGCAAGAUCAGACCUAUCCCGCCCAUGAAGAGCUACGUCAACCUGCCGCGGGUCACGGCACAGAAGUGAUGUCGGUGGCCAAUAAAAUGUUCCCAACACCA